AUGAAGAGUGCAGUGAGUGAGUGUAUGAGGGAUCCUCAGGUUGUCAGAAUGCCAGAGUAUUCUCUAGGGUCCUCUGACAUCACCCUGUAUGCUGCAGUACAGAGCCUUGUGGGAGUAUGGUCAGUCCAUCCUUAAACGAGGGCCGGGAAAGGAAAUGAGAGCUUUAAAAAGAUCUCAGCUAAGAGACGUGCUGUUACACACACACACAAAAAAAAAACAUUUUAAAGCUGUUGUUACCAAUACAAAUAAUUUUGACGUGUAACAUGAAGACACUAACCUGCGUUAUCCUGGAAUUUGAGUGUCAGUUGUCCGUUGGUGUCAGUGGAGGGUGAUAAAGUACCUCUCUCUCUGGUUAUGUUAUGUGUACUGUUGUGGUGUUGUGUCUCUGCCCUUUGUCUCUGACCCCUGCCUUCUAACCCCUGGCCUGGAUCAGUAGGGCUGAGGCCGGGUCACAGUGGGUCAGUGUGGGUCAGUAUCCUGCUCCAUCCAUCAGCCUGGUAACUGGGAGCUGAAACGGGAACACAGAACUGCCCACACACACUAUCAGCUGUCAAGUGGCACUGUCGAAGUCUGCUGAUCAGGCAAACCAUAGCAAUGAGAGCUCUAAGCUCCAACCGUACAUAGUCAGACAUCUCCAACCCACACACAAACCCUAUCUCGUCGACCCACUGAACUCUCAACUCAAAUCUGUUAACCUUAACUCCAACCCAUAUACUAAAGCCUAGUACCUGUUAACCUCUGCUGUAGGCUGCAUUAUGUUCUCCAUCAUUUUAAUUACUUAAGGGAUAGCCUAUGAAAGGAGAUAUUGUCCAGUUACCUUGAAGGAUUUGCAAGGCAGUUGAAUAAGAUGUUAUUUCUAUUUCUAAGUGUUUUCAGAGAAAACUCAUUUGAAUGUGUGUUUCUUGGCACAUGCAAUAAUGACAUUAAAGAGUGACUGCCCCUAAAAAGCAACUUCUCAUUUUGAAAACGGCCAAUGUGGCAUCGAUAUGAGUCAGAAACUUUCAUUCUAGUGUCAAAAUGUACUACAAAGUGUAAAUAGGAUAAUUCCGGUCAUACAGUCAGCCUCGUCCAAAUGGAGAUUUGCGAGAUGAUAGGAAAAAUGUCUAUGUCAUGGAAUGAAGGGUACCAUUACUAUCAUAACAGUUUUCCUUGGGUUGGGUUUAUUUAAAUCCUGCCCACAGCUGGCAGCACCCAAGUAAUCAUCAAUUCGGAGCGCAGCUGCAAGCGACCCGAUCGUAAUGCCCAUGGUCAAUUUGGUUUGACAUUCCAUACCCCUAUGGGGUUAGUUAGGGACCAUCAGUAAAUUACACAAUGUACAUGGGACAAUAUUUUUUAAAUGUCAAUAGUUCCAAAUGUAAAGGACUUAAAAUCCUCAAACCAACUAUAAAUUAUAGAAAUGUAUUUACAAAUAUUGAAAGCAUUUAAUGAGCCAACUAAAAUAUGUGCAACAUGAAAAUAUUGUGCCAUUUAUAUUGUAUAAUUUAUUGAUGGUCCCUAACUAGCCCCAGAGAUAGGCUAUCCAAUGUCAAACCAACUUUGCCACAGUUGCACACCAGCUGGCUGAAACUAAUUGGCUAAAUAAGUUGGCUAGCACUAGCUAGCCUCUGCGAUUUCUAGACACAAGACCUGGUUAGACUGUUUCAGGUCAUCUAGAAGGGUGAGCGACUGUAACUGUGUACUGUUUUGGCAGAGUGAAUGUACAAACACUUGCCACGUGCUAACGCACACACAACAGACUCUCGUUUGGCUUCAGUCAUGGCCGCUGCAUUUAUUAAAGACCAAGCUGAAAAUGAGGCCAAAUCAGGAAGUUCAGCCCCCAUUAAAUGGCUGGUUUUACAGAGAAAACAAACACAGCAGGAAGCUGUGAUGGAGCUGGUUUUGAAUAAGAGUUCAGAAGAAAGCUGAGGGAAAUGGAGCAGUGUUACCUCUUUGAAACGUAAUGAGACAUUUUACUAUAAUAAUGUCCAUCAGUGCAGAAACUUCUCUCUCUUGUCUCUCUUCUGGCAGUGCAAUAUUUUUGUCUAGCUCUAAAAAUAGAGAUGAGCUUACUGAACUCAUAGUGGGCUAUCUUAUGAGUAUCAUGGGGGGGGGGGGAUUUCUUGGUUUGGUCUGUUAGGUUGAGGGUCUUUAAAAACCUCUCCCUUCCCUCUGCUGUUUCUCUCCUCGCCACCCAGUAAGGGUCCAAGGGAGUCUCUCUGCUAUCCACGCCAGCUCCCUGUCGCCUCACCCUCCCUCUUCUGUCUCUCCUCUCUCUCUCUCUCUCUCUCUCUCUCCUCUCUAUCUCCUCCUCUAUCUCUCUCUCUAUUCUCUCUCUCUCUCUCUCUCUCUCUCUCUCACCCUCUCUCUCUCCCUGUCACUCUCCCUCUCUCCCUCACCCUCUCUCUCUCCCUGUCACUCUCCCUCUCGCUUGUUUAGUGCUAUUGCCAAGUCCUGCUGAGUGUGUUUGCAAGCUGGUGAAAAUAAUGAAUUAUUCAGCAGUAAGCAUGCUUACAGCUGGCCGUUUGGGGGCCUUUGAUCUGGGAAUUGGGUGUCUGCAUGAAUGCCCGUAUUGUCAUGUUAUGUGUACACAGUGUGUGAGUGAUUGAGAGUAGGGAGGCCCCAGCAUGGGCGGCGGGAGAUUACAGUGCGGGCAUGCUGGGUGCAGGGUCACACCACUAAAUCCCCCAGAUGCUGUUUUUUCGGCCGAGGUCACAUGUUAUACGCCAGUCCGUGUUGCCUUAACAAAAUGGUCCCCUCCAAGUGAACGAGGGUUAGGGUUAGUAUCACCCACCAGGCCCCCUCCACACACACACCUGUCUGGAGUAGACACAUAAGCCAGGAGGCCACUACCUACACACACAGAGUCCUCUGACCUUUCUAACCUAAGUGCUUUGUUUCUUCCCUCAGGUCGCAAUGAAUUGAUAGCGAGAUACAUCAAACUGAGAACGGGAAAGACAAGGACAAGAAAGCAGGUAUGAGGACUCAUCAGAUAUGCUGUGCACUUCUAAACCACUCACGGUCCAAUCCCUCAUAUACACAUAUUGCCAUUUUCUGGAACCCUUAGAGGUUGCUGGAGGGCAGGUCAUCUGACACUACUGGCCAGGCGAAGACACUUUGACCUGUGUGGCCAUGCAUAGGAGAAUCAAACAGGUCUCCUAUUGAAGGAUGUUUUUGCAUGAUGCAUAGCACGUUUCACUGUCAAGCCUUAGCCAGAGAGAAAGGUGGAAGGAUACAGAGCGCUGGAUGCAGUUGUCAAGGGAGGAGUGUGUGCCCGCAGUGGCGGGGUUUAGGCCCUAUUUCUUUUCAUCUCCAUGGUAACCAUCUGUUCCCUUGUCUCCCUCCCAACAGGUCUCCAGUCACAUUCAGGUUCUUGCCAGACGGAAAUCUCGGGAGUUUCACACCAAGCUAAAGGUAAGAGCUACUGCCUUUGGACCUCCAAGCACUGUUUGUCUAGCUUCCUGUUUCUGUUGCCGUGGUAAUGGGUGGGAUGCCUGAUGCUGUGACUCCAGUAUCCUAGAUUCCUCACAUCCAAUAUUCCUGUUUAGCAUUCGAUGGGCUAGUCCCAUGCUUCCCCCAGUUUGUUGCUCUGUUUCUUAUUGCUUCCUGUAACUUACAAAAGUGUACACUUGCUCAGCGGAACUAGAAUGGCUUUGCAAGGUGAUAGUUCUACACUCUCUUUCACUGAUCAAGGAUUGAAUUGUAUGUUCAGUUUCAUAAUAUUUCAUAUAGCAUAUAAUCUUUUAUUCAAGAAAAAUAUCUUACAUCAAUUGCAAGAAAAUAUUGUAACAUUUAAAUGAUAAUAUACUUUUUUUCAAAUAUAAAUAUUGAUCCUGAAAAUAAAUUGCACCUACAAUAUCUCCCUGCAUGAUGUUUGGACAGCAAGCCAAUGAGGGCAGCAUGCUGGCAAGAUGUGUCCGCUGUUGAUUGUAUAUGAGCAGCUUAGUGUUGGAGAUAGCAGUCAGCCAGAAGCUAUGACCUUAUCAUCAUUUAACACUGAAGCUGUUCUUUGUGUAUGUGUGUGUGUGCUCAACUUGCGGGUUGGCUUGCAUACAAAGUCAUGUUUUACAUACCACUGUCUAUACCUCCCAUGUCAUCUCUAACAAUCUGAACAUGAUCAUUCUGUGUUGUAAUACGGACAGUAGUUAGUUUUGUCCAGAUAGCAAAGUGUGACGAGUGGGCUGUAAGAGUAAAACCACUCUCAUCUCUUUGCAUUCAGGUCACAUGUAUGGUAAGUACCACCCUCAAAAUACUGUACUGUUGGCUGUGCUUCAGGCCCAUCUGUAAAGCUAGUUGUCCCUGCUCUUAGAUCCAUAGUGUUGUGUCCUGCUGCUAAAGGCCCAUGUACUGUGUAAUGUAUGCCCUGUGUGUGUAUCUAUCACCAGCAGCUACUGUGUAUCCACUCCAUCUCAGUGUAUCCACUCCAUCUCAGUGUAUCCACUCCAUCUCAGUGUAUCCACUCCAUCUGUGUAUUCACUCCAUCUGUGUAUUCACUCCAUCUCAGUGUAUCCACUCCAUCUCAGUGUCUUCACUCCAUCUCAGUGUAUCCACUCCAUCUCAGUGUAUCCACUCCAUCUCAGUGUAUCCACUCCAUCUGUGUAUUCACUCCAUCUGUGUAUUCACUCCAUCUCAGUGUAUCCACUCCAUCUCAGUGUCUUCACUCCAUCUCAGUGUCUUCACUCCAUCUCAGUGUAUCCACUCCAUCUCAGUGUAUCCACUCCAUCUGUGUAUUCACUCCAUCUCAGUGUAUCCACUCCAUCUCAGUGUAUCCACUCCAUCUCAGUGUAUUCACUCCAUCUCAGUGUAUCCACUCCAUCUCAGUGUAUUCACUCCAUCUCAGUGUAUCCACUCCAUCUCAGUGUCUUCACUCCAUCUCAGUGUAUCCACUCCAUCUCAGUGUAUCCACUCCAUCUCCGUGUAUCCACUCCAUCUCAGUGUAUUCACACCAUCUCAGUGUAUUCACUCCAUCUCAGUGUAUUCACUCCAUCUCAGUGUAUCCACUCCAUCUCAGUGUAUUCACUCCAUCUCAGUGUCUUCACUCCAUCUCAGUGUCUUCACUCCAUCUCAGUGUAUUCACUCCAUCUCAGUGUCUUCACUCCAUCUCAGUGUAUCCACUCCAUCUCAGUGUCUUCACUCCAUCUCAGUGUAUCCACUCCAUCUCAGUGUAUCCACUCCAUCUCAGUGUAUCCACUCCAUCUCAGUGUAUAUACUCCAUCUCAGUGUUUUGUCUUUGCCAGCAUGCUCGUCCUCUCCCAAGGCUUCUUUCACUCAAAUGGCAGUGAGGUAUUCCAUUAACCAAUGCUUGCAUGAAUUCAUAUGUUGUCCUGUGUGUCUCAGUCGGUAGAAUGUAGUGCUUGCAACGCCAAAGGUUGUGGGUUCAAUUCCCGCAGGGGCCAGCCAUAUGUAAAAUGUAUCAUGAUUGUAAGUGAACAGAAAUGAACAGAAAUGCUACUAAAAUGGCAGCAUACCAGAGGAUGACACUUAACAGAGAACUCAAGCACCAGAGUGCCUUUUUUCCCCAAUGUUCAGCAUACACUAGAAUCUUGCCCAGAUGUCGUUGUUUGUGGGAUUCUUUCACUUAGUUGUGCCACUAAUGUACUGUUUUCAUACAAGACAAACUCUGCCUUUAGAAGAUAAAUACAUGAAAUGGUCUGGUAUUCAAUUCUAGACUCAAUAACACCACAACGUGUAUUCUGUGCUUUUAUUCACCAGUCUGAGAGAGAUGUAUGAAGAGCAAUAGAAAUCUGUACUCUUAAUAGCACAUUCUGUUCAGGUGUAUAGGCGGUCUUGUUGUUCCUGUGGUCUUCUCAAAUAAUCCAUGUCUUCACCUGCUGGCAUUGUAAAGAGUUCUGUUGGGUGUGUGUAUGUGUUUGGCUGUUGUUGCUUGUUGUUUGGCCCACCACUCUCUGGCUGAGUCAUUGUGUUGUUUUCUGCUGAAGGACCAGAGUGUGAAGGACAAGGCACUGCAGAGUAUGGCCUCCAUGUCCUCGGCUCAGAUCGUCUCUGCCACCGCCAUCCACACCAAGCUGGGCCUCCCAGGCUUCCCAAGACCCACCUUCCCUGGGGCAGCAGGGGUAAGACACCCCUCACUAAACACACAUCUCUCGUAACAAUUACUUUAAGUGCAUUGUUCCAUCCUGAUUGUCCAUUCAUUCAUUUAUUCAUUUUCCCUAGUUUUGGCAGGGUAUGAUGUCCACUGGCCAGCCUGGAUCCUCACAAGAGUAAGAAGUCCUAAUGCUUGUCUUGUUAUUGGUAAUAUAAGAUGAUGAAGUAAUAACUUCACAAACUUAACAAAGCUUGAUGGUAUAACUGGUAUGUAGCCAGUUCAUUCUUUGUAUUAUUGCAUUAACCAGGUCAACCUCCUGAUUCUGUGUCUUUUUCUCUUCAGUGUUAAGCCAUUUGCCCAGCAGGCCUACCCCAUCCAGACAGCUGUAACGACCACCAUCUCAGGUGAGGGUACCCUUUUACCCUAUUCACCCUAUUUCUAUCAGCUCAUUUCAAUUCCUCUUAGGCCAACGCUCAAAAGAAACUCCGAUGGCACCUAUUACCAGUACAUUAAUACUGUUACAUGGCUAAUGCUACUAUUGAUAUAGCUAAUGGCCAUAAUGUAAGUGAGUGUUGGAUAGUAAGGGGUGGGAUGGUAAAGUGUCAGUAAACGGUGGAUAGUGAAUUGGCAGUGUUAUAUGUUACCCCCCCUGCCCCGCCCAGCGUACGAGCCUCCCACAGCCCCCAUGCCUACAGCCCCAGCCUGGCAGGGCCGCUCCAUCGGGACCACCAAACUCAGACUGGUGGAGUUCUCUGCCUUCCUGGAGCAGCAGAGAGACCCUGACUCUGUGAGUACCUGCCCUACUGUCUUCCUUUCCACACACAGUAAAACACACCUGGGUAAACCAGUAGUUGUUUCUCAGACAGCGUCCCAACCCAGACCAAAGCAGGCCAAACUAGUGCCAAUUCCUGAGGUCAACCGUACCGCCUCAAACUGGGGCAUCUCUUCACACACACUCACAGACAGAGAAGGUAAAACAAUGACAAUAAUACCACAAGCAAAGCAGAAUCCCUCCAAAUACCAAAGUGACUCUGGAAAAUCGAUGUUUGCCAUGGCACAGCCGAUUUGUCAUUUUGUCACUAUUUCUUAGCUAUUGCUUUUUUGCUUGUGUUCUAUGACAGCGGACAUUUAUCUUGGGGUAGUGAGAUAUCUGAGACCAGUAUUUAUACUGCUAUGCCUGUGCACAUCUGUGACUUUAAAACAACCCUGAAAAGAAAACAUUCUCUUCUGAAAAGGUUGUCAGAUCAUACAUGACGUGAUAAAGUCAUUUUGAAAUAUUCAUAAACUCAGCAAAAAAAGAAACGUCCUCUCACUGUCAACUGCGUUUAUUUUCAGCAAACUUAACAUGUGUAAAUAUUUGUAUGAACAUAACAAGAUUCAACAACUGUGACAUAAACUGAACAAGUUCCACAAACAUGUGACUAACAGAAAUUGAAGAAUCUGUCCCUGAACAAAGGGGGGGUCAAAAUCAAAAGUAAUAGUCAGUAUCUGGUGUGGCCACCAGCUGCAUUAAGUACUGCAGUGCAUCUCCUCCUCAUGGACUGCACCAGAUUUGCCAGUUCUUGCUGUGAGAUGUUACCCCACUCUUCCACCAAGGCACCUGCAAGUUCCCAGACAUUUCUGGGGGGAAUGGCCCUAGCCCUCACCCUCCGAUCCAACAGGUCUCAGACAUGCUCAAUGGGAUUGAGAUCCGGGCUCUUCGCUGGCCAUGGCAGAACACUGACAUUCCUGUCUUGCAGGAAAUCACGCACAGAACGAGCAGUAUGGCUGGUGGCAUUGUCAUGCUGGAGGGUCAUGUCAGGAUGAGCCUACAGGAAGGGUACCACAUGAGGGAGGAGGAUGUCUUCCCUGUAACGCACAGCGUUGAGAUUGCCUGCAAUGACAACAAGCUCAGUCCGAUGAUGCUGUGACACACUGCCCCAGACCAUGACAGACCCUCCACCUCCAAAUCGAUCCCGCUCCAGAGUACAGGCCUCGGUGUAACGCUCAUUCCUUCGACGAUAAACGCGAAUCCGACCAUCACUCCUGGUGAGACAAAAUCGCGACUCGUCAGUGAAGAGCACUUUUUGCCAGUCCUGUCUGGUCCAGCGACGGUGGGUUUGUGCUCAUAGGCGACGUUGUUGCCGGUGAUGUCUGGUGAGGACCUGCCUUACAACAGGCCUACAAGCCCUCAGUCCAGCCUCUCUCAGCCUAUUGCGGACAGUCUGAGCACUGAUGGAGGGAUUGUGCGUUCCUGGUGUAACCCGGGCAGUUGUUGUUGCCAUCCUGUACCUGUCCCGCAGGUGUGAUGUUCGGAUGUACCGAUCCUGUGCAAGUCUUGUUACAUGUGGUCUGCCACUGCGAGGACGAUCAGCUGUCCAUCCUGUCUCCCUGUAGCGCUGUCUUAGGCGUCUCACAGUACGGACAUUGCAAUUUAUUGCCCUGGCCACAUCUGCAGUCCUCAUGCCUCCUUGCAGCAUGCCUAAGGCACGUUCACGCAGAUGAGCAGGGACCCUGGGCAUCUUUCUUUUGGUGUUUUUCAGAGUCAGUAGAAAGGCCUCUUUAGUGUCCUAAGUUUUCAUAACUGUGACCUUAAUUGCCUACCGUCUGUAAGCUGUUAGUGUCUUAACGACCGUUCCACAGGUGCAUGUUCAUUAAUUGUUUAUGGUUAAUUGAACAAGCAUGGGAAACAGUGUUUAAACCCUUUACAGUGAAGAUCUGUGAAGUUAUUUGGAUUUUUACGAGUUAUCUUUGAAGACAGGGUCCUGAAAAAGGGACGUUUCUUUUUUUGCUGAGUUUAUAAUUUUGAUAAGACAACCUUGCCAAGAGAGAUUGAGAACUUUUAGAGCCGGUUUCCCAGACAUAGAUUAAUUCUAAUCCUGGACUAAAACGCAUUCUCUAUUAACUAUUGAAAACUUUUUUUUGUCCAGGACCAGUCUUAAUCUGUGUCUGGGAAACCGGCCCUUAAGGUAAUGGAGAAGUCAUAAAAUAAUGCCAAUAGAAGUGAUCUAUUUAAACCUGUUGUUUUCUCUCUCUCAUCAGUACAACAAGCACCUGUUUGCGCACAUCGGACAGACUAACUACUCGUACAGCGAUGCCCUACUGGAGGCUGUCGACAUCUGUCAGAUCUACGACAAGUUCCCAGAGAAGAAGGGAGGACUGAAGGAGCUCUUUGGAAAGGGUCCUCACAACUCCUUUUUCCUGGUCAAGUUCUGGGUGAGUUUAAUUGCACAUGCACACGAUGAUGCUUUUUAAAAGGCGCAUUUUCGGCUGUCCACUGCGUUGCUCUAUAACGUGUCUUGAAUUGAAUCCCAGUCUUUAUUGUCCACACAAUUUGGCAUCACAAUAACAUGAUUUACAUCUAAACAAACAACUUUAAUGAUACAUACAUUCAAGUAUAUGCAUCAUGAGUGAAGCCAAGGAUAUGGUUUUGUGUUUGAAUGUGUGUGCGUGUGUAUGUGUUUCCCCUAGGGUCUGAUGUAGUUGCAUUGAGGCUUUGUUUGAACACCUGCCUAUCUCCUGACAGGUGUGAGAGAUUGGGGCAAACUAAGGAGAUUGCAGCAGCUCCCUACCAAUGGAGUCUCUCUCUCUCUAAGCGCAAAUAUUUACUGGUACCAUUCUCCACGGCUUUACUUACUAUUACAUCCUAUAUAGUCUAUUGGCAAAAAAAGGCUUUAUUUGAUUUGCAAUGUUACAACUCGAGAAUAAUGUUAUCCUCAGCUCUCUGUUUCCUUCUCUUUGUUACAUGCAUGCUGGUUCUCUAUUAGCUUUGAGAUACUCAGUAAAAUCCCUUUCUUUUGUUCAACACAAAAAUAUUUUCAUAAUCUACAGCUAAUAGGUUUUAAAAUUUGACCAUAUUAAUUCACGUCAACAUGAUUUAAAUUCAAAAUUCAAAUGGGAAACACAAACAAGACGGUGUGUCUCUCUUUAGACAUUAGUGAAGAGCCACUGCAUCUGAAUUUCAAACAUGGACACCCACCCUCUAAACAAUCGCCCUCCUCUGAUCAUUACAGGCCUUAAUAACCAGCUGACUUAAUGAAGGAGCUAUUUAAUCCUUUGUUCACAUGAUGAACUCAGUGUUUUCUGAAACAGACCGUCCCCUUCAGAGGACUCUUAUUAAAUUGUUUAUUUUUACAUCCAUUCAUCCAUUUCUAAGAUACGUCUUGUGCCAUUUGAUAUUUUUAAAGCCUCUUUCCGUCUCAUUAGAGAUGCAGGAACACAAGAUUAUUGUACAACAGUGUUUACCGGUAGAUAGCCACUCAACUCAUUCUCAGCAUACAGACAUGCCAAAUAAUAUAAUUGCAAGUAUUGUCAUACACCACUAGAGGGCCUCGCUACCUUAGUAACCUUUACAUCGUGUUGCUUUCCUCAAGUUAAUCUUGACAUUCAAAGAAAAUCACUUUUCAUUUAAACAUUUUCAGCAUGUGUUUUGUUGAAAACGUUUAACUCAUUGUUUUAGCUGUUGUUAGUCAACAUUUGCUUGACUAUGUAGUUAAACCUCUGCUGUUAUGUUAUCCUGAUGCAGGCUGACCUGAACUGUAACAUCCAGGAUGACUCUGGGGCCUUCUACGGUGUGAGCAGCCAGUAUGAGAGCUCUGAGAACAUGACCAUCACCUGCUCCACCAAGGUGUGCUCCUUCGGCAAGCAGGUGGUCGAGAAGGUGGAGGUGAGUCCUAGUCCUACACACACCACUGUGUGCUUGGUGGAGAAGGUGGAGGUGAGUCCUAGUCCUACACACACCACUGUGUGCUUAGUGGAGAAGGUGGAGGUGAGUCCUAGUCCUACACACACCACUGUGUGCUUGGUGGAGAAGGUGAGGGUGAGUCCUAGUCCUACACACACCACUGUGUGCUUGGUGGAGAAGCAACUAGAAAACGACACAUGACUCACAAUUACCUACUUUUAUAUUUGUGUUUCUCACAAUUGCUUACAUGAGUGUUUUAACUCCUAUUUGAUCGUGGUGGACAUUGUUCCCUCCACUCAUUUAUACAACGGGUGGGUCUAAUCCUGAAUGCUGAUUGGUUAAAACCGCAUUCCAGCCGGUGUCUAUUCCACAAGUUACCACCGGCUAAAUCUAUGACGUUAAAAUGCCUAUUUACUCUGUUCCAUCUGACUGCGCAAUCCACUGUCUCAUCAGCCCAGCCAGGCAAUUUAUAAACUUGAUCUCCACUAUAAAAAGCAUUUAGACAUUAUCUCACAUUUCUUUUAGACUAACAUUUACUUUUCAACAGCGGAGAUUUGUAUAAACCUUGCUGUAUGUCUCUCUGACAUUUGCAACAUUGUUUCAAUAUUCAAAUUCGAUCUCCAGCUGUCCCAUAGUAAUGAAAGUGUCGGGAGUCGGGGUGAGACAGACAGGCAGGCAGCUUUUCUCAGCCAGUCGAAAUCAUGAAUCAGCAUCAUUUUUAUGGAUAUUUACAAAGAACUGUCAAUAGAAAACAGGACAAACGAAACAAAGUGCAGCUAGUUUGCAGUCUUUCCAGCUUCAGUUUGAAGUGAUUGUGUUAACUGUGUUGUUGGCUAGCUCUCGAACAACAGUGUCCUGACGAGAGAGCACAUUUUCUAUGCCAGGUGAAAUCGCGCAUCAUUAGCUCAUUGUUAUGGAUGUAUCCAAAUAAAUGUAACUAGAAAAUAGCUUAAACAAAUGCAACUACUUUGUUGUUAUUCUGGCUGCACUGUUUGACGAGACUGUAAAUUAGCCGUAGAUGGCUAGCUAGCAAGCAAGGGAUAAGAACGUUGGCAGCCAGUAUGGCAAUGGAACAUUUAGAAUGAACGACUGGGUCGCGUCCAUAGAUACAGAACAAAAAGUCUGAACGACUGGGUCGCGUCUCUGGCAACCGAACCCAUAGAACGAACGACCAGCCGGCUUGGGUAGCAACCCUAGAUUUGUGUCGGGACUAUAUCUUGUGUAAGGAUGAAAUAGUAUGAAUAAAUUUAUCAAAAUAACGUUUUUAAUGAAAAUAUGUAAAUCAUUAUUUGAAUAUGUUGGUAACCCGUUGUAUAAAAGUGAUAAUGCCCCUUGAAGCAGGUGUUUGGAGGAUAUAUUGGCACGGUUUGCCGUGCCAAUAUAGAACACUCUAAGAACACCCAUGCCAAUAUAUCCUCCAAACACCGGCUUCUCAGGCAUUAUCACUUAAUUGUUUUCUUGUGAAGAGCUGCACUCAGUGAUGUCUCUCUCGCUCUUCUUCCCCCUCAGACGGAAUAUGCUCGCUUCGAGAACGGACGCUUUGUCUACAGGAUAAGCCGCUCCCCCAUGUGUGAAUACAUGAUCAACUUCAUCCACAAACUCAAACACCUGCCUGAGAAAUACAUGAUGAACAGUGUCCUGGAGAACUUCACCAUCCUAUUGGUAAGGAUGUCCUACUCAGAGUCAUCAAUCUGUUUGUAUACUUAUAACAAGUGUGUGUCUGUCUGGUCUGUCUUGUCUGUCUUUCUCUCUGCAUAUGUGUGUUUUUCCGUGCUUGUCUGCAUGUCUCACACUGCAUUUCUCUUGUGUUUCAGGUGGUGACCAACAGAGAGACACAGGAGACGCUGCUUUGCAUGGCGUGUGUGUUUGAGGUGUCGAACAGUGAACACGGAGCUCAACAUCACAUCUACCGGCUAGUCAAGGAAUAAGAGACUGAGGCCUAGAUUCAAUCAGAUCGAGCAUUAACCGACAUCCGCAUAGCAGAUGUUUUGGCGGUGUUGGAGGUGUAACUGCGGUUUGAGCUGAAAUAUCGGUGAGCGGCUGCUCUUGUGUGGCACCAACCACUCCCUUCUUUAUUAUCCCUACCGCGUUAGAAGUUCAAGACGGUGCUAGAAAGUGUAGGUUCUAUCAAUGUUAGAAGUAAUGACUUUCAAAUGUCAAACCAUUGAUGUUAGGCUAAUGCAUGUUUUCAUGUUCAUUUGGAUGAGGGAUUUAUAGCCUAUCAGUCUAAUUCGAGUGUUUGAACUUGUAACGUGGAUGCAUGAACUUCUAACGCGGCUGCAUGGGAUUUGUCGGAUUAUAGUCGGGUGUGAUUUCAUUGCAUCCAAUGGCAGUGUCCACGAUAAUGUAACGCAACGAGCCGCUUGUGGAUUGGACAGCUCUCUGCAGUUCCACCUCGGACACCGCCAAAACAACCCCUAUGCGGAUGUCAAUCUGAUUGAAUCUAGCCCUGACACUCAGUGUAAACAUACUUCAUUCAGACUGGGACAAACUAUCACAUAGAGCUAUCUACCUGAAGGACAUGUAGCUUAUGAAGGAUGGAGGGAAGACAUUGAAGGACAGACCCUGAGUAUUGUCAGGGUUGUGGGAGAGACACGAGGCAACCGCCCAGUGAAACAUGCCUUCAGAAUGACUUACUGA